UCCAGCCGUUUCUUUUAGUCUCUUAUCUGCCACAGUCCCCGAUUCCACGCUCUGCUCUCCUCAACUGCCUAGUCUGCUUUGAGUUUCUACCUUUAUCUUUUCUUGGGAUUUUAGCCAGUGAUAGCUAAAACCCUAGCUACGCCAGCAAUUGACUCAAGGGAUUUGUGAAAUGAACACAAUAGUGAGAAGAGCAUAUAAUCUCUGUAGGAGUACGCUGCUGCUGCCGAUUCAGGGAGUUAACUCAGUGAGUGGAGGAGAACACCAGAUACAACAGUGCAGGGGGAUCAGAGUGAGGGUACAUAAUGGGAACUUGGAGCAGGCAUUGAAGUUUAUGCAGAGGAAGAUGCAGUCCAGUGGGAUUGAAAGGCAAAUAAAGAACCUACAGACUCACCAUGUUAAGAAUUCAGAGAAGCGAGUUUUGGCUCGCAAAAAGCUUCAGCGUAGGAUUCAAUCCCAAGAACUCGCUCGCAGGAUCAAGGUUAUCCUCGCUGAUAAAGCCAGGGGCCUGUGAGAAAAGCUAUGAAGUACCUUUCUUGGUGCAAGAUGGACUCUGAGAGGUUGAUUAACCAGCAGGCUUUUUUUCAGCUUCAAGUGAACUUCAGCUGUUCUUUCAAACUCUUUUUACGUUCUCGUGGUAGUCUCUAUUAUCCGAUUUAGUUCUGUUUGCUUUGC